AUGGACUAUCGCCAAAGUAAUGAUGGUCAUAUUCUUUUCUUUAAACAUUCUAGAAAUAAAAUUUCUAUUUUAUUAGUUUAUGUUGGUGACAUGAUACUUACUAGAGAUGAUAUGUUAGAAAUAGAAAUGUUAAAUGAUAAAUUAUUUGCAUGCUUCAAAAUUAAAAGACUAGAAAAUUUAAAGUACUUUUCUUGGUAUGAAAAUUACAUAUUCUAGAUGUUGUAUAUUCUUAUCUCAUUUAAAUAUACUUUAGAUUUACUUAAAGAAAUCAGAACUAGUGACAAUACACUAGCAACCACUCCCAUUAAACUUGAUGGGAAAUUAGGUCGAAGUGAAGACAACCCACCAGUAGAUAGAGGAAGAUAUCAGAGGCUGAUUGGUAAAUUAAUUUAUUUAUCUCACACUCGACCAAAUAUUACCUACGUAGUAAAAUUAUUGAGUCAAUUUAUACAUGAUCCUAGAGAAGUACAUAAUGCAGUGGCAAGACGAGUACUUCUUUAUUUAAAGGGUAUACUAGAUUACGGCUUGUUAUUUCAACCACAUGGGCAUACUAACGUGAAAAUAUUCAUUGAUGCUGACUAUGUAGGUUCUAUUGUAGAGAGACGAUUUACUUCAAGGUACUGUUCAUUCUUAAGAGGAAACUUAAUCAUAUAA